GUGGCGGAAAAAGGUUUACGUCGCGCGAGACGAAAUUCGGAAAGGCUUAGGGAACACCGAAGAUGAUAGCGAGUGAACCUACGUGCUGAGAAAUUUUUGUCUGAAAAAAUAAAAAGAAUUAGGUGGGGAGAGAAAAAUAUUUACAUUGUAGUGGUGAUUUCAGCAGGAUAAAAAAAAAAAAAAAAAUAGGUGGGCGAGUGGUUGGUUGGUAGUGUUCUGUGAUGGGAAAAAAAGAAUGUGAUGAAUAUGUUAGGUCUGAGACCUGAGUCAAUAUAGCAAAUGAUGAGAGGUGUGAUCAAAGCCUGUUUGUCAAAGCCACUGGAUGGGGAGAGAGAAAGCGAGUGAAGAACACCCUUCUCCACCCCCUCCCCCCCUCCAAAGCGAUCAACAAGUUGAAAAGGCGGGUGUCUUUUCCAGUCAGAUGUACACUUGUUUCGGAUUUUCACCAUACGGACCCAAAGACGUCCUUCCCCAUGAAAUUGAACUCUACUGACCAUUGAGGUAGGGUGAAAACGAGAGGAUAUUCGGCACUGGACCAGCUUCCAUUACUCUACCGUUGCUAUAUACAUCCAGUCAGCUUAACACCAACAACAGGAGCAGCACUUAAUGGAACAGUGGGCAACUGUUAGCAACAAUCCAGAAACGACUGACCUUGCAAAGCAACACCAAUGCGGCUGCGGGCCCCAGCCCAUGGAAUCCGUGGACUCGCUACUCUUGUGACAAGUCUACGUCUCAUAAUGAAAGAAAAGGUCAUAACUGUGAACGUGAAGCUAAUGUGUAAUGAUUAUGACUGUAAAAGCUUCGGACUACAAGUUUUAUAAUUUGUAUUUAGAUUCAGAAUCUCUUAUGCAACACACUCUAAGAGCUGAAAAACAAUUGCAUGUCACCAGAGAGAAAAUAAACUCGUUACACAACAAAACAGACAGUGCUAAAAUUAUAGACAAUAAUUUAAAUAGAAAAUAAAAAGUGGAAUGGUAAUUGUUUACCUAAGCUGGGGACAAUUACAGAAAACAUUACGGUGCAUAAGAAGAGCGGUCAAGGGUGCCAAAGUCAUCAAUGAUGGUGCCAAAUGAGACUAUGGCACGAUGGGAACGCAGUAUGGGGUUUCCAACGUGCAUACAUUAACGUCGAAGUGUUAAAACGACUGCGUCUAUCUCUUGAUCAGCGAGUGGAAAUAAUCGCCGUUACGCAGCCUUGCAUACCUUAGUCGUUCUCAGAACUGCCAGGAAACGUGUCAUCUAUGCCGUAAACUUUAUCAAUGCACGCACGACAAAAGAUUUUAUCAAAUCGGCUACUACGCAGCUUUGUCAUCUCGAACAAAAACAGGGAAAAUAAAAGAGCUGAGGAUAAAACAGACGCCCCAAAUCAAAAAGUGGCCGUGAGAGAGUAGGGAAAAAACAAGAAGACGGCAAUUCCUAAUGAGCACCUCACUGCAGAAGAUUCUUGGGGCUUUGAUGAGGUUUCCCUGUGCCUUUCACUACCGCGGCUCACACCCCAUAACUUUCAGCGCUGUCGUCGUCUUCCAAAGUGUCUGUUUUAGUUAUGCGGUCCCGCAAUCGCAGUGGUCAUUUUCCCAAAAGGUAGGAGAACGAUGAUGGAGAAGGGCCCGACGAUACUGCUGGGGAGACGGCGGUGAAACCCUUGCCUAGAAGAAGCUGUCUCAACAGCUAACGAAGAACAGAGCAACUGCUCCAUAUUUUGACAGGUGGUUGGACUCAUUUUCCUGCGACUGCGUCUUCUUCGCCCCCCUCUUUUCCCUUCUCUCCUUCUUUUCCCCCUUUUCCUUCUUCCGUAACCCUAACUGUCACUCCUUUCUUCCUCUCUCCCACUCGCCCGAGAUUUCUCUGUCACCCAUUCGCUUCUUUUUUCUCUUGCGGUGUAGUAGCCAAAUAUAUAGUAGCCAAAUAUAUACGCACUUCUCCAACAAGCAUCGAAGUGGGACUGGUGCCCACGAACGAGGUACGUCUCUCUCAAGGGGGGUCGGGAGUUGAAAGAGGUGUGGGUCCCUACAUAUCAGCCGCCCACUACUCUACCACACCCACCACCAAUACCCCGUCUUAAUAGUCAUCAUCAUCAUCAUCAUCAUCAACACAACUCUCUGGUGCUAGUGGUACCCUCUCGCCAUCAGUUCUUGCCCUUGGGCCAUACGCGGCGGACGAGUGCCAUAAACCGCCGCUUCCCGCCUCUAGAGCUUUCCUCGGCCGUCUUUCGCGUUUCAAGUGACGGAACCAGAGUUCACCUAAGGCCGAUCAACAAGAAUCUGUGAGCUCUCUGAGACGUCUAUCACAUUACUAUACGAGCCUUCAUCCCUGUCAAUUCGACGACUGGAAUAUUCAGGUGGAGAGAAGAAGAGGAGGGGGAGGGGGAGAAGGAGGGGGAGGAGGGGCGGUAGAGGCUGAGAGGGCGACUGUGGCUCCUCCCAGGGUCAGAGCCGCCGCUGCUGCUGCUGCUGCUGCUGCUGCCUCCUCCAGCAGGAGCGAGCAGCCAGCGUUUGGCCGCCGCCUCGCAUGGCCGCGGUGAUGUUCCUAAGAAAGGCGAUGCGUUACUACCGACUGUGGAUCUACACAUGCAAUGCCGUCCUGCUGGUGUCCGUCUUCGUAUUCAUGGGGGUAGCGGCAGGAGUGGUGUCGCAUCCUUACUUUUCUCUCGUCCCAGCACCGCCCGCUUAUCAUCCUACACUCCUCUACGGCUAUGUGGCACUCCUGCUGCAGGCGGGCAUCUUACAAGCCCUGGGAUGCAUGGGUGCCCUGCGACUCUCGCAAAAACUGCUGAAUAUCUACUGGCUCAUGUUAUUGUUUCUCCUGCUGGGGGACGUGGUCGUGGGCUUGGUAUGGCUCUAUCGCUUCUCACACCUCACGGACGGCCUGAGGCCGUAUGCAAGGGCCACCUUACACAACAAAUACGGGAGAGACCCAGACAUCACAGACGCCUGGGACACGUUACAGAGAACUUCCAAAUGCUGCGGGGUGGUCACGCCUCGAGACUACAACACCACGUGGUGGGACAUCAGAGAGCAAAACUUUCGCUCCACCAACACACUCAAACUGCCCCCUUCCUGUUGCACAAGUCCCGACAACGAAGGCCGCAAAAGCGGCUCUCCAGAUUCCCGAAGGCUGCCCUCUUACCAAGCCGAUCAGCAGGCACGUCACGUUCCCGACUUCCCUCCUGAUGAAGACAAGGGCACAAACAGCGGGGGGAGCGGAAAAUCCGCUAACGCCUCCUCGUCGUCGUCGACGUUGUCCUCCGGCAGCCACAAUCGUCACGGCAACCUGCCAGGUGUGAGGGGCAGACACGAAAGAAACCUCACCUGUCUCGGAAGCAAGGGCUCCUAUUCGUCCGAAGCGACCGUAUUCUACGAACACGGAUGUCAUCCGUAUUUAGAAAAAUGGCUCUUGAACUCGACAGAGACCCUGAUGAUUCUGGGCUUCUGCGUCAUCGCCUUCAUUAAGCUCUGCUUCGUGGGGAUCCUUCGCUUUGAGAUCCAAGAAAUGAUUCAGAAGAUCAAGGUCCUUCAGGGAGAGACUUCUUGCACUCCAAACCCCGAACUGGCUGCAGCUCUGGGCCUCGUCUCGCCAGACAAAGCGGCGGAGUGCGGCCUUCUCAGUUCGGGAGGAGGUGAUGGCGAGAAUCGUGGAACUGGCGGAGGCGGCGACGAAGGAGGAGGAGGGGGAGGGGGAGACAAUCAAGGUGACCAAGACUCUCCGGCUGCUACGCCCCUGACGCAACCACGCCUUAACCAUUUAUCAGGGCACACAGACGGUGCAGAGUCCGACACCAAUUCCCAUUGCGCUCUUAUCACAGACACGCCCAUUCGGCGCCCGCAGCCCGACAAACGUAAACCCAACGGCAACAACAACGACGUCACAGAAUUACGAGAGCUACGGCACAUCCGGCAGACGCAAAUAUGAUGGCUGUCCCUGACGGUGUACAGGAGGCAGUCGAAGCUUCUCUCUCUCCUUCCCGAGGACCCUGCAGCCAUGGGGCAUCCUGAUAAUGAUAAUGGUGAUGAUGAAGAUGAGGAGGAGGAGGAGGAGGUGGAGGAGGAGAACAAGAGGAAGUGGCUACAUAACGGCAAUCUGAGAAAGAGAUGAAGUGAAGAUGCUCAGGUGGAAAUGCAUGGGACAAAAGGAAAGCAAAAGAUAAGUGGAAGUAACUGAAAAGAUAUACGAAAGACAAAAGAGUGACGAAGGUCAUCAACAGAUGAUGAAU